ACUCUAACCACGCCUCCUCACGCUUGCUCGAGGCAGCGGUUCAAUCGUGCGUGAAGAGCUGCGGAGCGCCUCACCGGGACGGAGGAAACGUGCGUUUAGUUAAUUUUUCUUUUCAGGCUUCUACUGUUGUAAUAAACCGCUGGAAUAACGUCAGAAACUUGUUUUCGCACGGUAUUUCGGGGUUGUGCUUAACGGCGGCGUGGCGCUACGCAGUAACCGCUGAGCUGAGGAUUUGUCACCUGUCUGCAGCAGCUGACUUGUUACUCCAAGUGAGUGGUGUCUUUAAGGCGGUCGCCAAAAAGGAAAACGGGCGGUUGCUAACGAGUAGUUGGCUAACUCAGCCGGUUAGCCCGUCAGCUAGCCCGCUCUCCCUGCUGCCACACCAAGUCCCACCCUCCCAGAGUGCGUGGACGUCGUAAGAGGCUGCGGCGGCGAAGUCAGGCGCGUUUCUCCACUCAACUCAGCCAGCGUCGCUCUGCAGCUGGCCGCCGAGCUAAAAUAGCCCUCUGAGACGUGAGCCGGGCUACGCCGUCGUAUUUUUUUUUUGUUGCCGCCGUUGGACGAGUGUCUUCCGUGGAGGGAUACGGUCGCUACACUGGCAAAGAGACUGGCUAAAAAGAAGAGACGAAACAAGGGGAAACAAGGCAGACACCAAGAAGGAGGAGGGGACUGGCUAGUUUAGCCGGGGAGACCGAAUCACACAUAGAUAGCAAACGCCGCCACCGUGCCACACACAGCCAUGAGUAUUGAGAUACCGGUGGGGUUGACAGAACUGCUGCAGGGCUACACUGUGGAGGUGCUGCGACAAAGGCCGUCAGACCUGGUGGAUUUUGCAGUACAGUACUUCACCCGUUUGCGGGACACCAGAAGCCAGGAUGGUGCCGGUGGAAAGACGGGAAAAGGAGUCAUGUUUGAUGGGGAGCCGAUGCAGACUGAGUCCAACGGAGAUGAUGAUGAUGACGAUGAAGAUUCUGACUUUGAACCUCCACCACCCAGCAGAUUCAACAGGAGAGUGUCAGUGUGUGCGGAGGCAUUCAACCCAGACGAUGACGACGAGGACACGGAGCCCAGGGUGGUUCACCCGAAAACAGAUGAGCAGCGCUGCAGACUGCAAGAGUCCUGCAGGGACAUCCUACUGUUUAAAACACUUGAUCAGGAGCAGUUCUCGGAGGUGCUGGACGCCAUGUUUGAGUUACGGGUUCAGCCCCUCGAGCACGUCAUCGACCAGGGCGACGAUGGAGACAACUUCUACGUCAUCGAGAGGGGGGUGUAUGACAUAAUGGUAAUGGGAUCAACGGUGGGUCAGUAUAACAAUAAGGGCAGCUUCGGGGAGCUGGCGCUCAUGUACAACACGCCACGCGCCGCCACCAUCGUCGCCACCGAGGAGGGGGCGCUAUGGGGACUGGACCGUGCCACGUUUCGUAGACUCAUUGUGAAGAACAACGCAAAGAAGAGGAGGGUGUACGAGACUUUCAUUGAGUCCGUGCCGUUACUCAAGUCACUGGAGGCAAACGAGAGGAUGAAGAUUGUGGAUGUUUUAGGAUCGAAGCAGUUCCCUGAGGGUGAGCGCAUCAUCACACAGGGAGACAAGGCUGAAUGCUUCUAUAUAGUAGAAUCUGGGGAGGUCAAGAUCAUGAUGAAGAGUAAAACAAAGGCGGACCAUGCAGACAAUGCGGAGGUGGAGAUAACGCGCUGUAGCAGGGGUCAGUACUUUGGGGAGCUGGCCUUGGUCACUAACAAGCCCCGGGCCGCCUCAGCCUACGCAGUGGGCGGUGUCAAGUGUGUGGUAAUAGACAUUCAGGCGUUUGAGCGCCUCCUGGGAUCCUGUAAGGAGAUCAUGAAGAGGAACAUCACCCACUAUGAAGAGCAACUGGUGGCCCUGUUUGGCUCCAGUAUGGACCUGAGAGACUGAGCCUCCCACACCACCCUCCGUGCCUUCUAUUACACACACACACACACACACACACACACACACACCGACAUAUGUCCUCUCUCAUAUCAUGCAGUGGCUAUACAGACUCAUAAUAAGCUUUACUUUAGGUGUACAAACAAAUGAGGAAUUGUUCUUUGCUCACCUGCAAGUAUAUACAAUCCCACACAGUAUUAACCCCCCCCCCCCCCCACCACCACACACACACACACACACACACACACACACACACACACACACACACGUACAUUGACACCUAUGUAGGCACUGAGAGAUGCCCACUUCACUUAGUCUGCUCAUCCACAUGCACAUACUAGUUCAACACACUUAUUAAUAGUCUCUCUCUCUCUCUCUCACACACACACACACACACACACAC